AUGUUACUCAAUAGAAUCAUAACAAAAGAUAUUUCUAAAUUAUGGUCAUAUAAACUAUAUACAAUACUUCCUCGACAUGCAACUUGCUCUGCCAAUAAUGCAGAAACUGUGGACUUAGCUUAUUCGUCGUACGAAAGCACUGAUAGCCAUUCUUCUACCAGACCUCCAGUAGUAAUUCUUCAUGGUUUAUUUGGUUCGAAAAAUAACUGGAACAGUAUGAGUAAAGCUAUACAUAGGAAUACAGGAAGGAAGAUAAUCAGUAUAGACGCUCGUAAUCAUGGGGAUAGUAAGCACUCGCCACAGCAUACGUAUUUACAUAUGGCUCAAGAUGUAAUGAAAUUACUAAAAAAGCUAGAAAUAUGUAAAGUAUCUGUUAUAGGGCACAGUAUGGGUGGUCGUACUGCUAUGGUGUUAUCACUACUAUGUCCUGAUUUGGUUUCAAGUCUUAUUGUUGUUGACAUGUCACCAGUAAAAACAAGUCCACAGAUUUUUUCUAUGGUAAAUCUGUUUGAUGCUAUGGCAGCUGUUUCAAUCAGGUCAGGAAUUCCCAUGUCUAAGGCCAGGAAACUUGCUGAUGAACAAUUACAAAGCAUAACUCCUGAUGUGAAUCUACGAAAUUUUUUAAUUACAAAUUUAGUGCAAACUAAUGCUGGCUCUUAUACUUGGAGAGUUAAUAUACCUGUUUUAAAAGAAAAUUUUCAGCACAAUAUUGCCAGUUUUCCUGCAAGUCUAAAGGGCCUUCAAUAUUGUGGGCCAACAUUGUUUAUAGGAGGGUCACUCUCAGAUUAUAUUAGUAAAAAUGAACUCCCUGAGAUUCAAGAAUACUUUCCACUAGCUGAAUUAACUUUUAUUGAAGGAGCUGGUCAUUGGGUGCACAGUCAAAAGCCAGAAAAAUUUCUUGAAGUUACAUGCAAAUUUCUGACAGAGAAA